AUGGACACUUUUCCACCGGAAGUGCAGCAUAUUUUGUCACCCGCCUUUGGCAUUCUUUCGGCCACGCAACUUACUCAAAUGGCCGAACGGCUUAUGGAGAUGCACGUUUUUUCCAAGCCGUCUAUUUCAGCACUCUCAACUCCCUCAACUCCUCCUGCGUCUCCCAUUUCGCAGUUAGGGAUCGAGCUCAGCAAACUGGCCGAUGAUAUAGCCGCUCUCCAGAAGCAGACAGUUUCUGCCUCAUCUCGGAGCCAACCGAAGCCGUCCACCCCGCAUGCCCAGUCUUUUCAUUCAGCCCGUCCAAACGCAACUGCCACCUGCUGGUACCACACCACCUUCGGUGCUAAAGCCCGUCGCUGCAUCUCUCCUUGCUCCUUCACUUCCAAGCAGAGCAAACAGGUUAAACCGGUCAACCCGAAGGUCUGUGCAGCCAAUCUUUCCGACGGCUUUAACCCUGGUCACACAUUUUACGUCCGCGACACCAGGAGUGGCAGACAUUUCUUGGUUGACACUGGUGCCCAGCUAAGUGUCAUUCCACCCACACCAGCUGAUCGUCGGUGUCCCAAUCCCGGUCUUUUCCUACAGGCCGUCAACACAUCGCCGAUUACCACAUUUGGCAUCGGUCUCCGGCGUCUCUUCCCUUGGGUCUUCGUCGUUGCUGACAUCCCCUGUGCAAUUCUCGGUGCGGAUUUCCUAGCCGCUUUCGAUCUUCUGGUCGACUGCCGUCAGUCACGUCUACACGACAAGACCAACAACCUCACUGUCCGGGGUAUCUCUUCCUCCGACGCCUCCCGUCAUCUUGCCGUCUUGGACCCUGAACCCGAGAAUCCAUUUCGGCAACUCCUCGCCAAAUACCCCGGCCUCACUCGUCCCAACUUCAACGUUUCUAUUCCACCACAUGACGUUGUUCACCACAUUCGGACCACCGGCCCUCCCGUGUUUUCUCGCCCCCGCCGUCUCGCGCCGACACGUCUUGCUGCCGCCAAGGCCGAAUUCGAUCACAUGCUUCAAAUGGCCAUCAUCCGUCAGUCUGAAGGCCCAUGGGCCUCACCCCUCCACAUGGUUCCAAAGGCCGCCACUGGUGACUGGCGCCCCUGCGGUGAUUACAGGGCCCUGAACAACGUUACUGUCCCGGACCACUACCCUGUCCCACAUCUUCAGGAUUUUGCCGGUGCCCUAUUCGGCAAGUCUUUAUUCUCGAAGAUUGAUCUGGUCCAUGCUUUCCACCAAAUUCUCAUAGCCCCAGAGGAUGUUUCGAAGACGGCCGUUACCACCCCCUUUGGCCUCUUUGAGUUCCUGCGCAUGCCGUUUGGACUUCGCAACGCCUCCCAGACCUUCCAAAGGUUUGUAGACAGAGUGCUUCGCGGCUUACCAUUUGUCUACGCCUAUAUCGACGACCUUCUGGUAGCCAGCUCCACCACCGAAGAACACAUGGAACAUCUUACAACGGUGUUUGACCGCCUUCAACAAUUUGGCGUUGUUCUCAACCCGUCCAAGUGCGUCCUCAGUGUGCCCUCCCUGGAAUUUCUCGGUCACCUGGUCGACUCCCACGGCAUUCGGCCUCUUCCCUCAAAGGUUGCCGCCAUUCGGGACUUUCCACCCCCCACCUCGAAGCGUCAGUUGCAACAGUUUCUUGGUAUGGUGAACUUUUAUCGCCGGUUCCUACCGAACUGUGCUGAUCUCAUGUUGCCGCUCACCAACAUGCCUUCUGGUCCCAAAUGUCCCUUCGAGCUGACUGCUGAAGCACUGAAUGCUUUUGAGAGAAUCAAGAAUUCCCUUGCUGAUGCCACCUUACUCACACAUCCCGCUCCCGAAUCUCAGCUGUCUCUGAUGGUAGAUGCUUCGACCGUAGCCGUAGGUGCGGUCCUUCAACAACACUUUGAUGGUUCGACUCAACCACUUGCUUUUUUCUCCAAAAAGCUCUUACCAGCUGAGACAGGCUACAGUACCUUUGGCCGGGAACUACUUGUCAUUUACCUGGCUGUGAAGCAUGUCCGGCAUUCCCUUUAAGGUCGUGACUUCACCGUUUUCACUGACCACAAACCGUUGACUUUUGCACUUCGUUCCCACACUGACAAACUUAACCUCCGGGAAAUCCGCCAACUGGACUACAUCUCCCAGUUUACCUCAGAUAUCCGCCACAUCGACGGGUCACGCAAUGAGGGGGCUGACGCACUGUCCAGGCCCUCCAUUGCUCAUCUUCAGCUUUCACCCGGGAUAGACCUCGCUGAGAUGGCCGCUGAACAACGCCGUGUCGGUCCACCCUGUGAUGAGGAUGUUUCCGGACUCCAACUUCAGGAACUACCACGGACAACUGGCAACGGCACCAUCUUAUUCGACGUAUCCACCCCUUCACAUCGUCCAUUUGUGCCUCCAUCUCUCCGCCGCAAAGUUUUCUCCUCCCUGCACAAUCUGUCUCACCCCGGGAGUCGAGCAACCGACAAGCUGGUUUCCGACCGCAUCGUCUGGCCUGGUAUGCACAAGGACCUCAAGGCAUGGACACGGGCUUGCAUCGCCUGUCAACGGAGCAAGAUCCAGCGGCACAACAAGGCCCCCAUUGGUACCUUCCCCGGCCCUGGUGCAAGGUUCAGCCACGUUCACCUGGACAUUGUAGGCCCCCUGCCUCUGUCCAAUGGUUGUUCCUAUCUCCUCACCUGUGUGGAUCGGUUCACUCGGUGGCCGGAAGCAAUUCCCCUGCCUGACAUUGCUGCUCCAACGGUGGUCAAGGCUUUUCUCAGUCGUUGGGUUGCUAUCUUUGGUGCAUCCUCCACAAUCACGACUGACCGUGGUGCCCAAUUUGAGUCUAACCUCUUCCAGUCUUUACUCUCCUUUUUAGGCUGUACCCGCAUUCGGACGACAGCCUAUCACCCGGCUGCUAACGGGAUGGUCGAGCGGUUUCACCGCCAGCUGAAGGCAUCCCUACGCGCCGCGGCCGAUCCGGAACACUGGACGGACCACCUUCCCCUGGUCCUCCUGGGCAUUCGCUCCUCCCUCAAGUCGGACCUUGAUUGUUCUGCCGCUGAACUCGUGUUCGGUGCCACCGUCCAACUUCCCGGUCAGAUGAUCUCGCCAACCCCGCAAGUUGCAGUUAAGGAUCCCACCAACCUCCUGCAUCGCCUCCGGCAAUUCCUGCGGACACUUUCUCCGGUUCCGCCCAGGCCAUCCGUCUCCGAAUCUUACCUCGAGAAAGAUUUGGCGACAUGCUCUCACGUCUAUCUCCGAUGUGAUCGAGUCCGCCGGCCCCUGGAACCACCCUACGACGGCCCCUUCCGAGUUAUCUCUCGUGGGACGAAGAACUUCCGCAUCCAACGCGGCACUCGCGAGGAGGUCGUGAGCGUGGACGGUCUCAAAGCUGCCGUCCCGGACACUCCUCCGGAUGACCCCUGUGGUCCCCUACCCCCUGCUCCGCCUCCCCGACCCUCUAUCCCUCCGUUCCGUAUACUUCCUCUGUCCUCAUGUCCACAAACCCCAACUGCAACUACCCCUUCAUCAACCAACAACACUGUAACCGCGAGCCAUACUCACUCUACUCCUGUGCCCCCUGUAUAUAUCACCCGUAGUGGACGCCAUGUUCAUUUCCCUGACGGUUUGAUUACUCAUGUUUUUUAG